AUGGUUGGCCUUAUCUUCUUGCACAAAGCGGCUUCCUGCCUCCUUUUCUGCUUUUGCCUGUACAUCGCCGAUGUCCGUGGUGCGCCUUUACCUGCCGGCUCGGAUGAAUGGCACAUAGGUCCGUCGGGCGAGGGUUCUGGGAUUUGGCAGGGGGACCCGUCCUGGUACCAUGCGCCUUCGCCACAGUAUCACAAUCCUUACCAUCCGAUGUACCAUGACCCGUCGACUCACUACUACCAGCCCAACCACGGUGUCAUGAGCCCCGCUUUUGCGUCCGAUCCGCACGCUGCUAUGCCUUGGUCACACAUUCCAGCGACUCCCGAACAACACGCUUCUGUGCCUUGGUCACCCGCUCCAACGACUCCCCUUGACCAGACCGACCACGCAAUCCUCGGCUCUCUCCUCGAUGAGACGCCCGCCGCCGAUCCGGGACCCAGCGGAUCAGGCAGGCCAGGAAUCAUGAGUCGCCUGCACUCAAGCUUCACCGGAAAAGCUCCUGCCGCACAGGGGCGUCCCGUGCAGCCGGUCUCAGCGGCCGCGGUCGAAUCUUUCCCGAUCCUCGAAAGCGCGCAUCCGGAACAUGUGGUGGCAGAGGCCAACAUUUGGCGCGGAGGUCAUCCGCCGGAGCCAUUCGAGGGUCUCGAGCCAGUGCGAGGUGUCAAGGGCCCUCAGCAUCUGGAGUCGAUUCCUUUGUCUCCCCCUCCUCUGCCGGAAAAGCCGGCCAACUUGAAGUACAAGUUCGUGAACUUGGCCAAGGACGCCAAGCUGCGCAGAAUGAUCAACAUCCGCCUCUUCGACAACAAGCUCAAGUGGAUCGAUCCCGAAGACCUCCCACUCGAGAUGCAGCGGUCUCAACGAGCGGCUGCGCUCCAGCCGAAUCGCCUGGUGCCGUUUGUCGAAGAUUCAUCGAGAGCGGACCCUGCCGAUGGCGCGGCUCGCCAGAUCCGUAUGGUUCCACAGGAAACCAUCCAGAGCCACGACUACGCCAAGUACCACAUCGUCGACUUCUGGAGUUAUCCGAAAACCAGUGGGGCCGCGUUCAGGAAGCCGGUAAUCAAGCACAUCGGGACCGGCAUCCUGGACCCAGAGGAUGUCGGUUGGGUCGACCGCCACCUUGGGUUCAUGUCCACCAUCCCCGAGUACAGUGAGCAUGUCAUCAGACGACUGCGCGGCUAG